CAAAUAAGGAACUUCACAAAGGUGGAAGAGUGGGACUACAAAUAAGGAACUUCACAGUUCACACGCUUAAAAAAAAAAAAAAAAAAAAAAAAAAAACUUCACACGCUUCACAAAACAAGCAGCUAGACAGUAGACCUUCACUGCUAAACCCCAUCAUCAGUAAAAACCAAAACCCUAACUUCACCCAUUUCAAAAUCAAACCUUGCUCAUCAUCAAUGGCGCUCCUCAGCGGCGGCAGAUUCCGUGAGCUCCUUAAGAAGUACGGCAAGGUCGCAUUGGGCGUCCACUUCUCCGUCUCCGCCGCCUCCAUCACCGGCCUCUACGUCGCCAUCAAGAACAACGUCGACGUCGAGUCCCUUCUCGACAAGUUGCACAUGGGCGGCGUUUCCUCCAAAGACCAGGCCGACGAUCAGGUCGUGUUCGAAGAGACGGUAAAUCGGCCGUCGGAAGAGGUCGUCGAGAAAGAGAAGACGAGGAAUCGGACGGCGGAGCUGGCGGCGUCGAGCGGCGGCGCUCUAGCCCUCGCCGUGCUCUGCAACAAGGCUUUGUUUCCGAUUAGGGUUCCGAUAACGGUGGCGCUCACGCCGCCGGUCGCCAGGUUCUUGGCCAGAAGGAAGAUCAUCAAAAACGGCGUAUGAGUAUGAUUUUUUUUUCUCUUCUUGUAAUUCUUUUUCCUUGUUUGUUCAAUAAAAAACAUCGAGAUAAAUAAAGGGCAAUUUUUUCUGUUGUUGUACGGAUUUUGUUACUGAUAUAUGGAAUUGAGCAUUACUUAUGCUUUAACUUUUAGCAUUAAUGGUUUCAUUAUUAUGCUGAGCUGAGAAAUUGGAUGGAUCAAGAGAUCUUCUUUUGUAUCUUAACAAGGAUUUCUUGUAAA